CACCCCCUUCAUUUGUUUUUCGUCUGCCAGAAAGAAGCUGCUGGUUUCAUCUCUGUUAUAACUCCAACUUCUUCACGGGAGUACUGAUCAGUAGAUCUCGAGGUCAUGUUGGUGAAACAAUGAGUAAAGAUGAAACCUGCUGGUUUCAAAAGCCGUACUUCGCUUCUGCUGCUAUUUGGUCCAGCGCCAAUGCUUGUUCCUCUGCUUUAACUGCGUUCUUCCUUAAAAAUUGUAUCUUUGGUGUUGGAUUUACUUUUUCGAAUGACGGAAGGCAGAACUAAAGAACGCGAGUCGGGGCGACCUUUCUAUAAUAAUCCUUUUGGAAAGAAUUAGAAAGAAGGCGUUUAUUUGCUCUUCUGCUUCCUCUUUGCUCACAAAGUAACGACGACGACUGGAGCUUGCUCGUUGCGAAGGUAGCCAUCUUUCUUCCUUUCGCGCGCUUCUUCGGCCAAAUCCCGUAAAUCCGCCGGGAUUUAGGGCAAAAAGAGGGAAACGGAGGAUUUAACUCGCUGUGAAUUUUACAGUUCCCUAAAUCUAAAUCCUGUUUGGCAGGAUUUAGCAUAAAUACUGCUCAAAUCCUGCAUAAAUCCUGUAUCCAAACAGCCCUAGCAUUGACGCAUGGUUCGUAUGUUUCUGGAAAUUUUCGGGGGUGAAAGGUUCUGACUUUGAGCUGCUUUACUGUUGCAUGAAAUGGAUGAUCAUGUUAUCCCAAUUCCAAUGCCAGGCCGGUUUCGGAGUAGGAGAAUGUUGUUCAUGAUAGGGAUUAUUGCUUCACUUAUUCUAGUUUUUCAUACUUUUACACUACCUUAUAGGAGUGUUUCAUUGCCUGUGCUUCCUAGCCUCAAGAAAGAAGAGAUUUUUUCAGGUGAAGCAACUUCUCUAGAGAGUAAAAGGCUGAAUUUGUUUUCACUUUUAAGUGAUACACAGAACUCUACUUAUCCAAAAGUAAUUCUCAAGGAGCUAGAGUCAACUGAGAUUAAUGAUGCCAGUGGAAGAACAGCAUUUGAUUUCAGAGAUGAAUUAACGGACGUCGUAUCAGAAAAAGUUCUGUUAGCUAAUGUUACUGACCAUAUGGAGGAUAUAGAUCUCGAUAGCGAAAUCUCAUUGGAUUUCAAGGAGAGACCACAACUUAAGGAUUUUGAGGACCAAAUUUCUUGGUCUGUCACAGAGGACGAGAUUGUUGACCAAAAUGAUAUUGCUUCUACUGAGGUGGCAAAAAAAGCAGGCAAUGAUUUUGCCUUUAAAUCUCAGAACAAUACAGAUCUUUUUUCUGAGAGGAACAGAGCAUUUCAUGAAGAAGUAAUUGUUCCACUAAAAGCUGUUCCUUCUAGUAAUAAUGGGUUCAUGAAGGAAGCCUUAGCAGAGAAUUCAAGUAGUCAUGUUGCAAUGCUUUCAGAAUUAGUUAUCUCAUCAUUAGGAGGAAAUGAAGCAGACUGUAAUUCAACAGAAUGUCAAAUGAAGGGAACAGGCCUUACAAACAAAACACAAUUGGCAAUUUCUAGUAUUUCUUCUUCUUCUUCUUCAGCUUUUGAUUCUAAGAAUGCUAAUAUUCACAUAACAAAAAUGAGGCCAGGUAAGCUGCCGGUAUCAGUUUCAGAAAUGAAACAGCUAAUGCUAGCAUACCGUUCUUCUAAUCAUCAAAAGUGGCAUUCAAAACGUGAUAAGCAGCUUAUAGCUGCUAAGGCACUGCUACAAAACACUCCUGUCGUGAAAAAUGAUGAGGAACUUUUUGAACCUGCUUUCUGGAACAUUUCCUGGUUUAAAAGUUUUGCUACAUUACCAAUUAGAUUGCUAUAA